AUGCAAACACAGACACAAACAGUAAGAGCCAAGCCGCUCAAGAAGAUAAUAUACUCCAGCUGUUUUGUAGGAAUUGUAAGUUUGGUCUUAGCAUAUGUUGCAUGCACUGUAUACUUCAAAUUCUUUGCAGUUGACGAGAAGACAAUGGGGACAAUGUUCUACUCUUGGAGAGCAGAGGGCGCAGACGAGUCGUCUCUUAAAGAGAAGGCCGACAAGAUCCCAGGCACAGAGAGUCUCAAGAGCAUGAAAGCAGUUUUUGAGAACUACGUGUCUGACAGCUUCCCAAUCCACCUGCCCCGAUUUGCUGCAAACCAUUUUACAUUCGCUUAUCCAAACAUGGACAUCUUCCUCAACUUUAGAAAACAUAUUGUAGACGCACAGAACGCACUGUUCUCCAGCAGAAGCGAAGAGAGCAUUAAAGCUCUGAAAGACUACAACAAGAAGGUCAAUGGAACAGUCUACUACUCAAACGCAUGGGAAACCAGCAAUGAUCUCGAUGGAAUAAUAGAAGAAUUCUACAGCGGCCUUUCAGCAGAUAAAAAGGACGUAUUCAGAAACUCAACGGUAAGACUUAUUGAUUUAUUCGAUAACUUAGUAAAUGACGACAGUUACAAGUUCAAUGGAGUAGAGCCAUCAGAGAAGGCAAUUGAGGACUUAUCUGACAUACUAUACAAUUUUUCUGCAAGAGGAGCAGGAGAAGAGAAUAAGCUUCUUCCAUACGUUCAAAACAAUGCGGAUAUGAAAAUAUUCCUCAAGAGCAUAGGCCUCCAAGAUAAGACAGGCAAGGAGCUUAGCAGCGGGCUAGCGUCAGUGUUCUUCAACUCUCUGACCAACGGAGUCUUGUAUCCAUACUUCUCAUACGGAUACUCGACUGCAGUUAACACUCUUUUAUAUCUGUGCUUAGACAUGCAAGACCUUGCGUACGACGAGAACGUAAAGCUAGAGCUCGAAGACAGCAUCAAAGAAGUUGCAGAAGAGCAGCAAAAAUCAGCAAACAGAAUCUCUGCUUUUGGAUCAGCAAUUGCCUAUGGUAUUGCAAAAAACCUGUCCCCAGCUGAAACAGUUGGCGAAAAGACCGUCAAGGAUAACUCAAACAUGCUUGUGUUCUCUUUAUUCACAUCAAAGUUAGCCACCCCUUCAAGUGAAACACCCGAGAAUCUAGAAAAGAUUGUGGCACAUCUUAAAAAAAAGAGAGACUUACUUUUAAGCCUUUCUAAAGAAUAG